UUUCCCAGAGACUUUGUGCUGAUAUUGUGGAUAAUACAGUGCUACUUACAUAGGAAUCAAAUGAGCAAGUGGACAUCUAACACAUCUCUAAUGACAGCAAAAAAAACUGAGAAUUCUGUAGCAGACCAUCAGCCUACAGAGGGUACUUCUAAUUCUGCACGCAGAAGUUCUAAACAAUUUACUGAGAAAACUGUGCAUUCUGGGGAAGAACAUCACCCCACAGAGUGUAUGUCUGAUCCUGCAUGCAGACAUCCUGAACAAUUUACUGAGUCAUAUCUGACCCCUAGAUUGAUGGACAGCCACCACUGCCUGUGGAGUUUUCAAAGCAAACGGUUGAACAGAAGUAAACCUGUAAUAUUUCAAUUUAUUGACUGGGUCCUUCGAGGUACUGCUCAGGUGAUGUUUGUCAAUAAUCCAUUCAGUGGACUAAUUAUCAUCGCUGGUCUACUAGUCCAGAAUCGUUGGUGGACAAUCACUGGAUGUACGGGAACAGUGGUAUCGACUCUUGUAGCAUUACUCCUCAGCCAAGACAGAUCAGCAAUUGCAGCAGGCCUCCAUGGAUACAAUGGGAUCCUUGUGGGCUUACUAAUGGCAGUAUUCUCUGCCAAAGGAGACUGGUACUGGUGGCUGAUUCUCCCAGUGGUUGUCAUGUCUGCAGUCUGCCCUAUUGUGACAAGUGCAUUGGCUUCUAUCAACAGCAAGUGGGAUCUCCCUGUUUUUACCUUGCCUUUUAACAUUGCAGUAUGCCUGCAUAUUGCUGCAACUGGGCAUUACAACAAUUUUUUUCCAGUAAUUGUGUUUCAGCCGCUGACUUCAGUACCUAACAUUACCUGGUCAGAAAUUAAUGUGCCACUGCUACUCAGAGCUAUACCAGUUGGAGUUGGCCAAGUAUAUGGUUGUGAUAACCCUUGGACUGGAGGAAUCUUCAUUACUGCUUUGUUUAUCUCUUCUCCAAUUAUUUGUUUCCACUGUAUAAUUGGUUCUACAGCAGGAAUUCUAGCAGGGCUGUCCCUGUCAUCCCCUUUUAACAAAAUAUACAAUGGCCUGUGGAGUUAUAACAGUGUGCUGGCCUGCAUUGCUGUAGGAGGAAUGUUCUAUGCUCUUACAUGGCAAACUCACCUACUAGCUAUAGCCUGUGCAUUUUUCUGUGCCUACUUGGGAGAAGCUCUAGCCCAAAUGAUGUCUGUGUUUGGAUUGCCUUCCUGUACCUGGCCAUUUUGCCUGUCAGCACUGCUGUUUUUGUUACUCACAACAAACAACAACGCAAUUUACAAAGUGCCACUUUCCAGAGUCACAUACCCAGAAGCUAAUCGCAAGUACUACAUACAAAUGAACAACACAAAGGAAGAUGGCAAUGAUUUUGUGUAAUAUCCUAAAUAAUGUUGCAUUUUUCAUUUUAUAAUUGUUAAAAAUAAAAAAAAAUUCAUAGACAUGAAGGUCAGGAAUUCCAAACAGCUCAGCAGUGCGGGUAGGCUGUGUAAACUACACUACCAUAUACUUAAAAGUCUUCUAAGUAGUACUUUUUAGCAUUGCUUGACUUUUCUUGCUUUAAUGUUCAUGUGUGACUAUACAAAAAAUAUCUUGGUUGAAGCCUGUACAUUUUUUUCUCAUGGGAUUCCUUACAUGUUUAUUUUCAUCAUUCUGUGGGAAAAGAAGCUACUGCAAAGAAAAAAAAAAAACAUCUCUCCAGGGAAUACAUUUUCUGUAAAUAAAAAAAAAUGUUUAAAUGCACGUUUUAAAUUUAGUACACAAAAAGAUUAAAUAGUUUGACUUGUUGUUGACCAUAUCUUAAACUCAUAAUGUCUGUAGCUUUAAUACAAUUAGUUAUGUAAUUUUUCUUUGUUUCUGACUAUUAUUAAUGCCUGUUUUGUAUAUUAAUAUUUAAAUAAAAUUCAUAUGAGGUGUAUUUUAUAACUAUUUUGAAAAGGGUGAUAUUGAUAACAUUUUAUUUUGUAAACUUCGGCAAUAAAUAAGAUCUAAUUGUUGUUUAAACUGUAUGUACCUUGUUUAAAAAAUAAAUAGCGCACUGGAUUCAUGAGUUAUGUUGAUAAAUAAGACUGCAGACAAAGUAUACUAAUGCCAUUAAAGAUG